CAAUCCGGUUACGUGGACCAGCCUCCCACACGCAUACGCAGUGGGGAGUCCUGCCUGCACCUUCUUCCUCCGAAUGGUGAUUUGUGUUUCAUCUCCGCUCUAGAGGACAGCUGCCACCCCUGCAUCUGCAUCUGUCAAGGUCUGCCAAUUGCCGUGAAGCCAACUUCUCAGAAGUCUUUAUGAACCUCUGGCUCCUGAAUUUCCAAGCCAAACAAAGUGAAGCCAACUUCUCAGAAGUCUUUAUGAACCUCUGGCUCCUGAAUUUCCAAGCCAAACAAAGAUGAGAUGUAUGGGAGGCCCCCUCCUCUGCCUGGGAGCCCCCUCCCACUCUUCCUGCCACCUAGAUCUGGUGGCAGUGAUGUGGCCAAAAUCUGCUGCUUACAAUUCAGCCAAAGGACCCUUCCCUGGAACUUGGUGCAAAGCUAUGAAUUCACUAGGAGCAGCUGCACCCAGAAGGCUGUGAUAUUCACUACCAAAAAAGGCCGGAAAGUCUGUGCACAACCAAAGGAAAACUGGGUGCGAAGAUAUAUUUUGUUACUGAAAGCUCAACAAAAUCAGACACUGCUGAAUUUUCAGUCCAAGGACACCUGAACCCUCUCUCGAGCCUGUUGUCCUUGGCAGAGCAUGGAGAAUUUCUUCAAAAGAAGGCUCCGUGGGCCUGGUGGGGAGGAAAGGUAUCUUCUACCAGAGUUUUCUUUGACGAAGGUUUUUUUUGUAAAGAUCUGACUUGCUCAUAAACAUUCUUAUUCAAUAAACCUGAGUUGUUGUUUUCAAAGAAA